AUGCCUCCCCCGGCGGGGCUGCCUCCCUGGCCGACGCCGUCCACCACGCGCCUGGCGACCCCGAUCCCGACGCGGCCUCCUCCUCGCACCACCCACGUCCGCCCGCCGCCUCCACCACCUUACACUCGCGUCCGCCUUCCUCCGCCUCCGCCUGCUACGACGCCACCACCGCGCCGCCUGGAGCCCGCCGCGCCAAAACCAGCGGCCGUAUCCACACCCGUGCCUCCCGCCACUGUCUCCGCAGCGUCUUCGUCGUCCACCUGCCUUGAUUGCGUCCAUUUCGGGAAGUGCUCAGGGUGCACACACGAGGUGGACCUCGACAAGCCGCCGGUGCUGCAGGAGGUGGCGAAUUUCUUCAAGGGGCACGGGGUCGGAGAUUUCACCUUCAGCAGGGGCAGGCUGUUCCAAUGGCGGUGCCGGGCAAAGUUAGCUGUUCGUGGAACACCAGAGAACCCAUUGAUUGGUUUAUACCAGGAAGGGACGCAUGUUGUUAUAGAUAUUCCAGAGUGCAGAGCUCACCACCCAAGCAUUAAUGCUGCUGUUAAGAUGCUAAGGCAAGGUAUAACUGAGCUAAGUAUUCAGCCAUUUGAUGAAGAUGCUGGAACUGGUGAACUCAGAUAUGUUCAGAUGGCCGUGACAACAUAUAACACAUCUAUUCCAGUUGAUAAAAGAUACGAGCAAGGGAAAGUUCAAGUUUCAUUGGUUUGGAAUUCAAGAGACGAGCGCUCCCAGAACGCAGAGAAGCUGACUUCAUUGAUAGAAUACUUGUGGAGAAAUGGUGGGCCAAAAAGUAGUGUUCAUCUGAUCCAUUCUAUAUGGGCCAAUUUUCAGACAUCAACCAGCAACAUAAUUUUUGGGCAUAAAUGGAGACAUCUUAAGGGGGAGAGGGACCUGUGGGAGCGUUAUGGGGGAGUUGAUAUUUCUCUGGAUCCUUGUACCUUUGGCCAGGCUAAUACUCUGUCAUUUAACUCUUUGUUGCAUAAGCUGAACAAGUAUGUACCACGUGGUUCAACAGUUGUUGAUUUGUACUCUGGGGCUGGCGUUAUUGGCCUAUCAGUUGCUGCUUCAAGGAAAUGUAGGUCUGUGAAAUGUGUUGAGAUUAACAAACAGUCAAAGAUGUCUUUCGAGACAUCAGCAAGCCGACUUCCAGCGAACCUGGGUUGCACCAUCACUUGGCACAAUACUGACGCUUCAGUUGAACCUGUUCACUGGCUUGAAGGGUCUAGUGUCGUUAUUGUGGAUCCUCCCAGGAAAGGAUUGCACCCAUCUGUUAUCAGCGCUUUACAGAAAGUUGCUUUGUCUGAGUGCAAGGCAUACAAGGCUAAAAGUUCGCUUGCAAAGGUUAAGGAUGAGAAGAGACCAUGGAUCUUACGGGCAAGGGAGGCAGCAGUUCAUGUUGAUAAUACAACAACUGAAGAGGGCAGCGAAACGUGGCCUGAAACUCUCAUAUACAUUAGCUGUGGAUGGGAAAGUUUUAAGAAGGACUGCAAAAGCUUGAUAUCCAGCAAGGUCUGGCAGUUGGAGAAUGCUCAUGCUUUUAACUUCUUCCCUGGCACAGAUAGCAUUGAAAUCCUGGCGAUCUUCAAACGGGAAUCAGAAGAUGGUCAAAAGAAAAAGAAGAAAGCAAAAAAGAAGAAGGCCAAGUAG